UGUAGCUGGUAUGGAAAUCCUUAAAAAUGGAAAGUAUUCUUGUCUCAAGAGGACUAGUGACAAUUACUUUACUGGUGAUGGUCUGGGUAAAGUUGACUUUCCCAUGACUGUACGAGUGACCGCGGUGACAGGAGAACAGAGGGAAGUGGUCUUACCAUCCAUGGAGAAUGAUAAAAAUAUUCUAAGUGAUGUUCAGUUUUCCGGAUUUGCGUUUGGCGCCGGUCCAAGCAGUAUUAAAUGCGCAGGCCAAGGAAACAAACCUCCUUAUCCCGCAGGGGGUAUGGCUCCUGGUGAAGGUCCUGGGCCAAGCGCCCCAUCACCACCUCCUGGUCCACCCUCCCCUCCCUCGGGGCCAACUACAGGAAGCGUUGGAGCACCUGGUACUUCCUCUGGGGGCGGAGCUGCCGGCUCAGAUUUCUGCGCGAAUAGAGACAGUGGCAUGUACCCAGACCCCGACGACUGCGCAGGAUUCAUCAUCUGUAACAUCGGUAAAGCACACCGCCAGAAGUGCGCUCCACCCCAGCUUCUCCGAGCAGAUACAAUGAACUGUGAUCUGCCAGAGAGGGUAGACUGUGGUACCAGACCACGACGCUAUAAGGAUCUGGCACAAGGGCUUUCCUUGACUGACACGCCACAAGGUCAUUAUAGCUCCUACAUGAAGCCAGCUCCAGGUGCCAACCGAGAUACUAAAGCAGCUCAAAAGCCACAGAGCAGUUCUUCCAUCAAGCAGAUCUCACCAUACGAGAUAACAAUGCGCUUAGAAAAGGCAAAUGGGCAUGCAGUACUGUAUAAACCUAGAGAAAGAAGCCAGCAAGAGCAUGAUUAACACGCUAGUCUGUCCGUAGCAAGGGUGGGGAGGGUAUUCAAACAUGGAAGGUCAUCCUAUAUAGAAAAAUGAUUUAGAUUAAUAGCUGAGAGACUUUGAAGUGAUCAUGGGGACGUUGACGAAAGCAUGAACAUGUUUUUAAAUUAAAGUAUCAAUGACAGUGUUGAAACAGCUGGCAAUACUUAACGAUGUAUUCUAGUUUAGGAGAGUUUCGUGAAUUUGGUUUCCGGCGCAUAACACUUACUUCAUUUUGAUCUGUAGCUUUUGAAGUAAUAUAUCAAACAUGAGAGACAAUGUUUCAUCGGGAUUUCCAAACACCGAGA